UCCCCUUACUUGGCAUGUCAAAUUUAUAUUUAGGCAUUUGGUGGCAAGUUUUUUUUUAACUUUGUAAAAUAUAUCAAGUUGAUCCUCAGUUAGAGCCCUUAAUUGUAAUCAUUCAUCUCUCAUCUAGAUUCAUUCUUGCUCAGAGAACUCAACAAGACAUUAAGUUCUUCCAAGGUCAGUGAGUGCCUUUAAAUGAUUCUUGUUUCCCUGUUGUUCUGGAUAUUGCUAAUGGAGCCAAGGCCCUUGCGUGAACUAGGAUAAAUCAAGGUUGCAAGUAUCUAGAACCUGAAUUGGGCUAUUAUUAGAUGAUCUAUGUUAGGAUCGUCAUUGGAGUCCAGUACUUCCUUGCCAUAAACCGAAGUGUUGAGAUGUUUAGAACUAUAGAGUUAUUGUCCCUUCAAUAUGGUAUCCGAGCCCAUAUUUCUUUUUUAUCUUCCCUAAAUUGUCUGUCCACAUGUAGAGCGAGGUCUAUUGAAGAAGUGUGGGGGAGUGUUGAGAUAUAUUGGGACAUGCAGAGUUAUACUCCCGCAUUGGUUUGUUAUGGUGUUUGGUACCUUUGUGUACUUGAGGAGCUAUUUACAUUUAAUGCUCUAAGAUGGGUAGAGAAGGGUCUCUUCGUCCUGAAGAUUGUGCCAAAGCAUGCGAUUAUUGAUGUUCUGCAACGGCUCACAAGAAUAACUGCUUGCUCUUCUGCAACAUGUGCUGCAAGAAGUGUUUGUGUGUCCCAUCUGGUACUUAUGGGCACAAGGAGGAAUGCCCUUGCUACAACAACUGGAAAACCAAAGAAGGGGGGCCCAAAUGCCCAUGAAAUAUAUAAUUUUAGCAUAUGAGUAGGAAUUUUACAUUGUUUAUUAUUAUUAUUAUUAUUAUGUUCAUGUUCAUGGGAACUUGAAGCAGUGAUUUGAAUAAGCUUAAUAAAAGAAUUUUGGAUUA